AUGUUGCUGUUUCCAGCAGCCACAACGAUAACCAAUCCGCUUUGGUAUGCUGCUUUAACGGCAUCGUCCAGAACAGAGCUUUUUGCUGCUCCGAGCGACAAAUUAGCCACUCCCGGGACGUUUCCGCUUUCCUUUCUGUGCUUGACCGCAAACUGGAGUCCCGCAAUGACUGACGAAAGUGAACCUUGGCCGUACUUGUCCAGCACUUUCACGCUGAUGAGGUUGAUCUCUUUGGCUACACCAAAUGUUUUUGAUCCAAUAAGCCCUGCAACAUGCGUUCCAUGGCCCACGAAAUCCGCGUUGGUCAGGUCCUCGCUGUAG